AUGACAGCAGUCGCAGCGACUCCGACGCUAGCUGGGGCGUCAACUCAGCAGACGCUAGUGUCUCCAGCGCGAGCGUCGACGACUCAAGCCCAAGCGACACGUCAGAGAGCAGAACGAGUAGUGAUCACAGCGCAGGGGGAGGCUAUUCCGUCACCAGCCCCGACCUUUCGAAGACAGAGUUCGAGUCGUGGGAGGAUUUUCACGGGUAUCUGGACCUGUAUCAGAAGGAAGCGUUCCAGGUGCUCUACGAAAAGCGUGGCGGAGAGGAACAAGCAGAUUGACAGUGCCAAGAAAUCUUCAUCGGAGAUCAUACCACCGGACUGGGGGACCUACGCCAAGACGAUCAUCUGUACCCAUGGAGGCAAGCACCGGUACCGCGGCAAAGGGAAAAGACCUCGACAGGAAGUACGGCCUAUGGGAUGCAUGACACAGAUUAACGUGUGUGUGCAAUUGGUAAGUGAGCAACCUUCCAAGUUUGCAGUGUGUGUGUCGAAGACUGCCCUCACGCACAACCACAAGUUGGGUCUACGAUCCUACAAGCACUACGCGGCUAAUCGCAUGUCAGUGAAUGGCGAAGUGCUGGAAACAGUUGACUCGCUGUGGAAAGCUGGUGCCAAGACGAAGAGUAUUCUGAAAUUCAUUGUUGAGAACUCAGACAGCAACCCCACUCCACAAGAUGCGCAAAACCUGAUUCGCAACAUGAAAAAGCGUGCGCAAGGCGGGAUGACGCGCUCACAUCGUAUAAAAAGUGGAUGUUGGACUUUUGCGCGGUUCCUGGCAACUUGGGUCGUAUAUUUGUGGACUCGUCCAACGAAAAGAGAAUCGCAACUUGCAUUACGCUCCAAACAAAACACAUUGUGGAUAUAUUCAACAGAUUCCCAGUGGCGUUGA